GAUAUGUGUCUGUAGAUAGCUACUCAUAUUACUUCUCUUCAAAAUUAAAUUUGUUUGGAUUUUUCAUCAAGAUGGCUUCUGCAGGCAAGAAAGGGAAAAAGAAUAAAGGCACUGUUAUUUCUUUGCAAUCAUUUCUCUCCAAUGGUGAUGCACCGGCUGGAACUACACAAGUUUCAAAAAAGGUUCGAAAUUUAGAUGGUGAUGAGAGUGAUGACGGAAGCCACGCGUUACCUUUAGUUUAUCAGCUACCCACCGCACCUAGAGCGAAUCGAAUAUUUGAUGAUGAUUCUAUUCCUCAUAAGCCACCCUUUAUAGCGUAUAUUAACAAUUUACCAUUUGAUGCCAGUGAGGAUGAUAUAUACGAUUUCUUUGGGCCCAUUAAUCUAGCUUCAUUAAGGCUGCCUCGGGACGAUGGUGAAACUGGUCGGUCUAGAGGAUUUGGCUAUGUAGAAUUGGAAAAUAGGGACGACUUAAUAAACGUGCUUAGUUUACCGGAUCCGUCAAUUAAAGGGCGUCGCAUUCGCAUUGAACUGUCCAAUGAAAAUGAUCAACAAAACCGCCAAAAAGGUAAUCGCCGAUUUGAAGGCUUUGGAAAUUCAAGUGAAAAUCGGGAUUCUGUAAAUUGGAGACGAGAUAGUCAAAACAAUGGAAGUAGUUUCGGUGGAUAUUCUGGAACUUUCGAUCGCAGUUUUAAUCGUGAACGGAAAUCCUUGACUGAAAGAGAAGAUAACAAUGCUCCUGGUUCAUGGCGAACUAAUAGCAGGCAGCCAUCCACAGACUUUUCGCCUCCACGAAGAGACCGUGAUCAAGCAUCUGAGAAAUAUCGCAUCAGAAACGAUUCUAAUGUAAAAGAGGAUGCUGCAGCUUCUGAGGAAAGGCCAAAGUUAAAUUUAAAACCUCGAACGCUACCAUUACCGGAAAUAGUAACUAAACCAGAUAACGAACAUGCUAAUGAAAUCGAUACAAAAGUCAAUGUUAAGCAAAGUGGUACACCUUUAAAUGUAUUUGGAUCGGCUAAACCAGUAGAUACCGCCACAAGAGAACUAGAGAUCGAAGAACGUUUAGCAGAAACUCGACGACAAGAGCAAGUUCGUUGUGACGAAGAGGUUAUUAAUGGAAAGCUGUCGGAAGUUCAACUUGACAAAAAUGAUAGUGACAAUGCCAAUGCAGGAACUAUUAGCUGGCGCCGUACUCAGGAAUUUUCUGCAAAUGAUGAUACAAAAGCUAGUCCAGGCGUACAGGGUGAACGACGUCGUGAAGAUCCAGAUUAUAAUAGAUUGAAUAAAUCACGGGACCGAAAUGAUAGAUUUGAGAAUGCUAGAGAAAAAACUCAGAACCACGAAGGAAAAAUUAAAGAGGAAAAUAAAUAUAAACGAGAUCCUCGAAAUGAUCGUCUUCAGCCUAAGAAUGCACCUCUGCAGGGUGAACCAGUUUUGCAGUCUUCCAACAAAUAUUCUGGACUUGACGAUGAAUCAUCCGAAUAAAAUCUAUUUCUUUCUUUGUAAUAAAUGAUUAAAUGGAAAUAAUUAACAAACACAUUUUACAAGUAAAAA